GGUGGCGCCAGGUAGCUCCUAACGCCACCGGUUGCUGCGAACGUCUGGAUAAGUCGGCGUGUGGUAAUGUUCGGCCACUACAGUAAAUUUAGUUGAUAAUUUAGGAAAUGCCCUGGUUCCCUCACAUGUUGAAUCAUCAUUAGCUCCUGUUUCGCCACAUUUGCCGUCAAGAACCCGGAGGAUGUUAACUUGACUGUCUCGGACCAGUGAACGAGGGGCAAGUUUUCGUUCUCAUCUGACUUGGCGCCAUGGACUUCCUAGCCGAGAACAACGCCUGCGGCCAGACGCUCCUUAACCUCGUCUCCAGGGGCAACGCCAUCGUGGCCGAGCUGCUGCGGCUGUCGGACGUUGUCCCAUCCAUUUUCAAGCUUGACAACCGCAAAGACGUGGCCGAGUACGGCGACAUCCUCCUCGACUACAGCUACUUCAAGGUCAUCGACCAUUUCGAGAACAAGAUAGAAGCAAAUGACCAUCUGCAGGACCGGGAUGAAGAGUUGCGGGAGAACUACAUUGACAUCCUCACGCGGUUCUACUUGGCAUUUGAAAGUAUCCACAAGUACACCAUUGACCUAAACCGGUUUCUCGAAGACUUGGACGAAGGCAUCUACAUCCAGCAGUCCUUAGAAUCAGUACUUGUCAAUGAUGACGGCAAGCAACUUAUGUGCGAGGCCUUGUUCCUCUGUGGUGUCAUACUUCUCGUGGUCGACCAGAAAAUCGAGGGCAUCGUUCGGGAGCGCAUGCUCGUUGCUUACUACCGCUACAGUGCGCAGCGUUCAAGUGACGAGUCCAACUUCGAUGACGUCUGCAAGCUUCUGCGGAGCACAGGGUUUUCGUCUGCACCUGGCGCCAAGCGCCCUGCCAACUACCCGGAUGAUUACUUUCGACGGGUGACCCUGAAUGAGACCUACAUCAGCAUGGUGCUCGGGCGACUGAGGUCGGAUGAUGUCUACAACCAGAUCUCAGCCUACCCACUGCCGGAGCACCGGAGCAUGGCCCUGGCAACACAGGCGGCCAUGCUGUAUGUGGUGCUGUACUUUGCCCCCGAGAUCCUUCACAACCAGCAGGCCAAGAUGCGAGAGAUUGUCGACAAGUACUUCCCCGACAACUGGGUGAUAAGCAUCUACAUGGGCAUGACGGUGAACCUGGUGGAUGCUUGGGAACCCUACAAGGCAGCUCGGCAAGCUCUGCUCAACACCCUGGACACUGCAAAUGUAAAGGACCAGGCCCAGAAGUACCACAACCGCAUCACGAAGCUGAUACCGAGGCUGCAGCACCUGCUGAAAGAAGGGGCGCUCGAGGAAGAGUUUGUGCUCGACAGUGUCCCCAAGCUGCUCAACACGGUGCGCGAGUGCAAUGUCACCCUCCGGUGGAUGUUGCUCCACACUGUCAACCUCUCUCAAGGCUUCAUUGUUGGUGGCGAGCUGAACAAGCGGUGCCGUCAGCUGCGCGACCAGGUCCACCAGGACAGCAAGUACCAGCCGCUCACUGUGUUCCAGCUCCUGCUGCACACCGCCCAGUUCGAGCUGAAACUCAAGGAGCUGUUCCAGCACUUGCUGUCCGUGAAGCAUGAGAAGUGGAAUUCAAUGAAAAAAGAGAGCGCAGAGCACCUCAAGGAGCUGUCCGAGGUCUACUCGGGUGCAAAGCCCCUCACCCGCGUCGAGAAGAACGCUAACCUGCAGGCCUGGUUCUCGGAGAUGAGCAAACAGAUAGACUCCCUCAAUUAUGAAGACACGACAGCCACCGGCCGCAAGAUUGUCCAGCUCAUCCAGGCCUUGGAAGAGGUAGAGCAGUUCCACGGGCUGGAUAGCAUCCUGCAGGUGAAACAGUUCCUGACUGAGACGCGCCAGUACCUUCACAGCAUGUUGCGCAUCAUCAACGUCAAGGAGGAAGUGCUCGUCACGCUCGAAGUCAUUGCUGACCUCUCCUACGCUUGGGAGAUCAUUGACAGUUACACACCAUUCAUGCAGAAGGGAAUCAAGAGCGACCCGUCCAUGGUGAUCAAACUUCGGGCUACGUUCCUCAAGCUGGCCACAGCCCUGGACCUGCCACUUCUGCGCAUCAACCAAGCCAACAGCCCGGACCUGGUGUCGGUGUCGCAGUACUAUUCCACCGAGCUGGUGAACUAUGUCCGCAAGGUGUUGCACAUCAUUCCGGAGACCAUGUUUGGCGUCCUCGCUCGCAUCGUGGAGCUGCAGACGACAGCAAUCAAGGAGGUGCCCACGCGCCUCAUGAAGGACCAGCUGAAGGCAUACGCUCAGCUGGACCAGCGUUACGAGGUGGCCAAGCUGACGUACUCCAUCUCGGUGUUCACCGAGGGCAUCCUGAUGAUGAAGAAGACGCUGGUCGGUAUCGUUCAGAUCGAUCCCAAGCAGCUGCUCGAGGACGGCAUCCGCAGGGAGCUGGUCAACCAGGUCAUGCGUGCCCUGCACAAUGGGCUCGUCUUCAACCCCAGGGCCAAGCCCAGUGAGUUGGUGCCCAAGCUGACCGCCCUGGGCAAGGUGAUGGACGGCUACUACCGAUCGUUCGAGUACAUCCAGGACUAUGUGAGCAUCUAUGGACUGCGUGUCUGGCAAGAGGAGGUGUCUCGCAUAGUCAGCUACAACGUGGAGCAGGAGUGUAAUGCUUUCCUUCGACAGAAGGUCCAAGACUGGCAGAGCGUCUACCAGUCACGCACUAUCCCUAUUCCGACAUUCCCUCCAUUGGACCAGGCAUCGGUCAACUUCAUUGGCAGGCUAGCACGCGAGGUGCUGCGUGUUACUGAUCCAAAGACGACUGUCUACGUGGACCAGUCAAAUGCCUGGUUUGACACCAAGUCACAUGCGGAAGUGAUCAACCUCAGCCUCUUCGCCCUGCUUCAGAAAAGUGUGGGCACACCUGGCCUGACAGGGCUGGACCGGCUGCUGUCGUUCAUGAUAGUCAAGGAACUGCAGGGCGUGCUGCGGUCCCUGGAGAAGGGAAUGGUUAAGGACAAGUCCUGGCAGGAGCUGCUCACCAACAUGAGCAAAGCCCUGCAGCCGGUCGACGGGCUAGUCCAAAAUGUGGGCAAGACGUACAGUGCAACCUUGACCAAAGUUGCCAAGACGUGGUCGGUUUUCCUCGAAAGCAUUCUCAAGAUUGGCCAGAUGCAAAUCUUGCGCAAAGCCAUCGCGCACGAACUGUACACAACAGCCAAGUUUGAGUCGAAGGACUUGGUUGGUGCUCUGCAGACCAUGAAUGAUGCCCUGCUAGCAGAGGUCAAGGCCCACCAUAGGGACCCCACCAAGCCAUACCCGAAGGAGGACAAUCCCUUGCUCAUGGAACUGGCCACAUACCUAGAUUGGUGCGGUCUGUACCAGCCCCUCUCCAAGAUUUAUGCGACUACAAGGCCCAUCGGGAACCUGCCACUAUUCAUGAUGCUCUUCACUGUAACACAUUUGGCAAAGUUCACAUAUGUGAGCUCACAAGGCGGCCUGCUGAGCAAGCGGGGUGUGGACUCUAUAGAUGGUCUUCCCUUUGUCCUGGGGUCAUUCACUUUCCUGAAGCAAUUCCACCAGGACAACGUCACCCAGUUCCUGGCCUACCUCGGACAGUAUGUCCGCUCGCUGCUCGAGGAGGGCUCCGUAAGCGUCACCAAGUUCUCCGAUGCCUCCGUGGAGACGACCAAUAUUAUGGCCUACCUGGAGAUUCUUGUGCGGCACUGCAACGUGCCCCGCAAGGUGGUGCUGAAUUAUGUUCCUGACUACACCUUUGACCACUUUAGGUCAUCAUCCUAGUCCAUGUGGCGCUCAGUUAAGUGAGCAUGUGCCGAAUUUCGACUGCAAUGUUUCUACGAUCGUUGAUACUCUGUAACAGAUGCAUCUUCGAACAUUCCGGUGCCGUCUUUUUCUCUUUUUGAUUACUGUAAUAUACAAAGACGCGUAAAAUAAACAGUUAUAUGUCUCUUUUCUUA